GCGGACCGCAGGAAGAACGAGAGAUUUAGGAAGGACAGUUAUAAAAGUUAAAGAAGAGGAAAAAUCAUACAUUUAUCGACCGUCUCUCCUCACCAUUGAAUGUGGCAUGCUUCAUCAUGGUGCUUGCGUCACCUAUAAUAUAGCCUAUUGAUUUUUUUAAAGAACCCAAAGCAACUUGAGGAUAUAAUGCCGGGAAACGGAUGAGAACUACUGCAGUCGCCUGGUAUCGCUUGUUGGAUUUUGAAUGCAGCGCUCGGAGAUGCAGCUGGAAUUUAUUUAAUUUAUACAGGCCGAAUAAUUAUAGUAACGUUUUUCGGACGUGAAGAUACGACAAUUAUAUAACUACACGAGCGCUCGGGCCCACGAUCCGUUAUAUUUCUCGGCCGAUUUGGCGCAGAGGGUUUGACCAUGGGAAUGUCAUUACCGGUCUGAUCUCAUAGUCGGUGUGUGUGUGUGUGAUUGUAUGUCUGGCCGUGGGACGUGAUGCAGCCACGCGUGGAUGUUAAGAUGGGUGAUGCCGCAGAGAUCAAGAGCACGUUCAUCGUCCCGACGAUCAAAUCUUUUGAUCACUAUGAUUUUACAACGGCCAAGAUCUCCUGCAGUUUGACAUGGCUCAUUGCCAAAGCCUUUGGUUCUGAUUGUUUACCUGUAGAGGUCGAGGAUCCAUUUUAUCAGGACCAGUAUGAUCAGGAGCAUGUGAAGCCACCUGUGGUGUCUCUACUGCUGUCUGCAGAGCUGUACUGCCGUGCAGGGAGCUUGAUCCUCAGGAGCGAUGCGGCUAAACCUCUACUGGGUCAUAAUGCUGUCAUCCAGGCCCUCGCUCAGAAAGGACUCUAUGUUACUGACCAGGAGAGACUCGUCACUGAGAGAGACCUCUGCAAAACCCCCAUACAGAUGAGUUCUCAUCUGGCGAUGAUUGACACCUUGAUGAUGGCGUACACCAUUGAAAUGGUCAGUGUGGAGAGAGUACUGACCUGCAUAAAGAAAUUAACUCCUUUCCAUCCUGAGGAAGACUUUCCCUAUGAUGCUGAAGAGGCAAUAACCACUUGGAUCAAUAAGGUAAAUGAACAUCUUAGAAAACUUUUGGCCCAAGAACAGAGAAUUAGAGAUACAGAAGAACUCUGCACAGCUCAAAAGGGGCGGUUCAAGAGAGAGGAUUCUAAAGCACGUCCAGCUCUUUGUCUUCCUCUGGUGGACAAUCUACUGAAGGACAACACAGACGGCUGUGCACUGUCCGCUCUGCUUCACUUUUACUGUCCUGACGCAGUGCCACUGGAAGAUAUCUGUGUGAAAGAAACCAUGUCAUUGGCUGACAGUCUGUACAAUCUUCAGCUGAUCCAGGAGUUCUGCAGAGAAAAUUUCAACAACUGCUGUCACUUCACCCUGGAGGAUAUGCUCUAUGCCUCCAGCACCAUUAAGAAUAACUACCUUGUGUUUAUGGCUGAGCUGUUCUGGUGGUGUGAAGUUGUGAAACCGUCUUUUGUUCAGCCCCGCAGAGUCAUUAACAAAGUUUCCGACCCAUCACAAUCCAAUAAAAUGGCACCUAUAACCAAACAAAACCUGAUCCACAGACCAGGCAGUCCAGACCAGUCUAGGUCACAACCUAAAAAUGACAACUCAGCACAUAUCAGGCAAUCAUCCUCCAUGUCGGAUGUGGAUGGGUGUGUGGGUACAUGGCCAAAAGAGAAACGAUCUUCAGCUCAUGGGAUAUCAUAUGAGAUUCCUCUUGAUGACAACACAAGGCCAUCUUCAGGUUGUCGGCUGAGUCGAUCUGCGAGCACUGAAGGUUUGGGUUUUAAAGUUCACCACACGGCCAGAGCUAUGCGGAGGAACCUCACAUUCCAGCCAGUUAAUGGAAACAACCACAGCAGAAUACAUAAGGAAGAUGAUGAGGAAUCCAACAGACAUUGCCAGGGAAACUACUCUGGGUACUCAAAUGGUGUGUUGGCAGAUAAACCCAACCCUACCUAUGACCCUUGCCCUCAGCCUAGCACCCCUAGUAUAGAAGAAGCCCUGAAGAUUAUCCACGACUCAGAGCGACCCCACAGCAGUCUGCAGCACCCAUCUGGGGACAGUGCCUUUUUCUUGCACAACCCAACAUCUCCCAACCCCGCUGUUGCUGACCCGAAAGAUUCCGAGGACUCCCUCUCCAAGGCCAGAGUAGAUGAUGCUGACCUGAAUUCCACCUCCACUGACAUGGAUACUGGAAUCCACGUCCGCACUGAAGACAUUCAAGAUGUACAAGAUGAGGAUUCAUCCUUGAAGGAUUACUCUGACAUAGACCAAGACUAUGAGGCUUGUUCCUGUCCACUUCUGGAGAAUGGCGGCAGUGCAUGCCCAAACCUUUUGGGAAUGCAGUCUAUGAACACCAGUAUGGCCUCCUCAUUGGGUUCUGCAGUGCGUAUGACCAGCUUUGCUGAGCAGAAGUUCCGUAAACUGAUCCACGGCGAUGGCCGCAGUAGUGGAAGUGGUAGUAAUACGCCUGAAAGCAGCGAGCUGAAUGCCACAAAUGUGGGAGCAACUGGUACAGCACACUGUGUUACUCCGGAUGCACGAAGCCCCGCUGGGCUCAUGUCACCCUGUGACCCCUCGCACCUGUUGGCGUCAGAGAUGGUGCAGCUGAGGAUGAAGUUGGAGGAGAAACGCAGAGCCAUUGAGGCCCAGAAGAAGAAGGUAGAAGCGGAUUUCACACAUCACAGGCAGCGCAUGGGCAGGACAGCCUUCCUCAACGUGGUCAGACGUAAAGGAGUUGUGUCACCAGUAGGGUACAACAACGGCCCAGAUGGUCAGGAAAAGAGGACCAGUGGUCCUCAACCCCAAAAGACACCAUCUAAUUCAGUUUACUCCAGUUCUACAAUGGAAAGGUGUAGACCAGACGGUGCACCUCCAAAAUCACCCCUGGAGGAAGCCAGCUUGGAGGAAGCCAGCUUGGAGGUAGACCUAGCGGAUUACACUCGAUCCAUUGAGCGUCUGAACACAUCUUUGAGCUUCCUGCAAACAGAGAUGCAGCGAUUAGCCCAGCAGCAAGAACACAUCAUGCAUAUGCGUGAUCAGCAGAGUUGGGUCAUCUCUCCGCCAGAUCCAUCACCACGGAAACAGAUGCGUAGCAGCAGUGUGGUGGGCCGUGGCUCUCUGGGGUCACUCUCUCCCAUCAUGUCGUCUACAUCCCCGCACAUAAUGCAACAUUCACCAUCGGUCAUAAAAAGGAAGUCCGCUUCCUUCCACGUAAGGACACCAAGAACGCCGAGGCCCAAUGAACUAAAUGUCACCCCCUUCAGCCGCAUGCUCAACACCCAGCAGUCGGUGGACAGCCUGCCUCGACUUAGACGAGUCUUGCCAAGCCAAACUCAGACAAGCUCUUUUGCCUAUCUGGGACAUGAUGAUGGACCUUCAAGUGAGUUCCAAACAACUAAAGAGAAGCCACAAAAGCAAGAGUCCAAAGACAUGCCAUCCUCAGACACAAGCACUCAGAACAAAACAGCUGCUGAUCUGCCAUCUGAUCAGGAAAAAGAGAAGCAAGGAAAAAAGACAGAGGUACGAGGAGACAUGAGACAUGAGAAAGACAAAAUCAUAAAUGUGCCGGAAUCUGAGGUUUUGCCUCAGACAACAGCAGAACAUUUGGCGGCCAGCAGAAACACAAAUGAAGCAGAGUCACAAGAGAAGAAGUAUCUCGUUGAGGUUCCACUCUCUGUUCUGAAGCCUCUGGAUGGACAUUACCUGGAGAGCAGCAAAGAAACAGAGACUGGACUAGACCAGCAGAUGUGCUGUGGCUUCUUCUACAGGGAUGACCUAAAGGGCGAGGAGGAUAUUGCACAGAAGAAAGCAGCUCUGAUGAAUAAAAGGUUGCGGAGAGAGAGAGAGAUGCAGAACAAGAAACAGCAACAGGAGGCUGAGAUGGAACAAAAGAAAGAAGCGGCAAAACUACAAGCAGAAGAGGAACGUCAGAAGAAAGAGGAGGAGAAGGCUAGACGGGACUUUAUAAAAAAUGAGUAUAUGAGGAGGAAGCAGCUCAAACUUAUGGAAGACAUGGACAGUGUCAUUAGGCCCCGCUCUUCAAGUGUCAAACAAAAAAAGCCACGCCCCAAAUCUAUGAACAGAGACAUUAUGGAGUCUCCAAAACCUCCAGCACGGACAGUCACAGGGUCACGACAGCGUGGAUACUCUGUGUCCAGCUUGUCACUCGCCUCCCUUAACUUGGCAGACAAUGAGAGUGUCCAAUCUGAUAAGAGGACAUCCAGGCCAGAAUCUGCAGAGGGCUGUUUGUCACCAUGUCCAUCAGUAAGUGGUAAUGGGGAGAACUGGGAACUAGAAUCAACAACAUCGUCUGCGGCUUCCAACACAGAAUAUACAGGGCCAAAGCUAUACAAAGAGCCCAGUGCUAAAUCAAAUAAAUAUAUCAUCCAGAAUGCACUGGCUCAUUGCUGCCUCGCAGGCCGAGUUAAUGAGGGACAGAAAAACAAGAUCUUGGAGGAAAUGGAGAAAACAGAAGCCAACAACUUCCUCAUUCUGUUCCGGGACUCUGGCUGCCAGUUUCGCUCUCUGUACACAUAUUACCCAGAGGCGGAGGAGAUCAAUAAGCUGGCUGGCAUAGGUCCCAAGACUAUCACAACCAAAAUGAUUGAGAACCUCUAUAAAUACAGCUCUGAUAAGAAACAGUUCAGCAAGAUCCCCGCCAAGACCAUGUCUGCGAGUGUGGACGCCAUCACCAUCUACAGCCACCUUUGGCAAAACAAGAAACAGAGCACGCCCAAAAAGAUCCUCAAAUAAAGGGCAGAAUUCUCACCUCACUGGCUGUGCCUAUCGGACCAUGUGAUGCACAACCAGAAUGUAAUGAAAACACAUUGCGGGUUAUUUUUGAUGUAUAUAUGUGGCAAAUUUGAGCACCCGUGUUUAACAAUACACACAUUAUUCCUUGUGUGUUUUUGCAGCACUGAUUGCUUCUACAAAAAUUGUAUUUCAAAUGUUACACUUUUGUGGUCUUGUGCUUGUCUUGUCGUGACUUUUUAUGCUAUGCUUCCAGCGCGGUUCCGGAAAUGCAAGUGUAAACCAAUAAUGGGGACACACUACAUUUUACGACUAAUGUUUCACUCAAUAAGUUAAAGAAGGUCAUGAAGAUGAAUAAGCAUUUAAUAUACUGGAACCUCAGAAACUGUCUUUGUUUUAUGUAAUGUCUAAGUUUGUUGAUAUUUUGGAUAGGAUUAUUAAUGCUUGUUGCACAUCAGCUGCUCCAGAGGAAUAUGUGUGUAAAAUUAGCAACAGUAAGAGUACUUUUCAAACUGACUCUGUCCACAAAAUGAAAACACUCAUGCUACUCUGCAUCUGUGACUUAAUGUAAUAAUCGGGCCUUCAACUGAUGAAGUUGAGCACCAAAAAAAUUUUUUUUUGCCUUAGAAUUAUAAAAAAAAACAUUCCUAGAUAUAUUGCUAUUACUUGCAGUAUCUCAAACCAAAAUAUCUGGGUACUGCUACUGUAUGUUUGAAACAUAUAUUUUAGGCAAUUCAGCUUAUCUGAAUGUUUGAGUUGAGCAAAUUUACAUACAAAUGUUACAGAGAAAAUUCUUGAAUAUCAUAUACUGCAUUUUAAAGAGCUGGGACAUUUGAUAUGCAAAGUCUUGUAACAUUUUGUCUUCUGUUGCAAAAGAAUUUAAAGAUAUUUUUUAUUUUUACUAAGUGAAAUAUAUCAUUGUUUGGAUUUAUUGAUGCUGUACAGAUAUAGUUUUACAUACUAAGCAUAUUUUUAAGCCAUUGAAUAUUGCAGAUAUUUUUCAUAUGAAAAAGAUGUUUAACAGUAUGGGUCAGUUCUAUAGAAACUUAGAAAGGCCAAAGUGGUGAGAGCAGAAGGAAGCUGUUCUGAGAGUUGUUCUUUUCCACACGCUGUUUAAUCGUUUUUGGGGGUUUUUCAGAUCAUGUCAAAAAAAUAAAACGGGGGGGUCAUCAUACUCUGCCUGUUUGUAUUUGAAUGCUAACCUCAACAUAAAUACAGAUUUACAUCCAAAACUGAUUUUUCUCUCCACUGUUGUGAUCCAAUAUUACUUGUCAACAACAUUAAACACAACAAUUAUUAUGUUUUGUAUAAGCUAAGAUACUUCCUACUGUACUAACUGCAAAUACUAAUAGUAGGAGGAGUAGUAGUGGUUGCACCAGUCACAACAUUUUGUAAUGCAGUUGAUAUUUUUCAGAGUGGGUUCAUUUUGGAAAGCCAGUUUCUGUAUGCACAGCUUGUCCUGACCACAAAUAAAGCAUUUUAACA